UUAAAGAUGUGCUAAAGGAUACAUCCAAAGCCGUAAAGCUGUCUAAAAAAAAACAAUUAUAGAAUUUCAGACGAGUUUUUAUUGUGAUAUUAAUUUUCAGUAAUAUUAAAAAUAUUCUAUUAUAAAUCAACUGGUUAACAUUACAAAAUAAUUAUUACAAAUGGCUUCUCCUCUGGAACAGUUUGUAAACAAUGUUCGAACAAUGUCGGCAUCAGGCAGUUUUCGUGAGCUGUGUGACAUAAUUGGAAAAUCUGACGAAGUGUUACAACGAAAUAGUGCUCAUCUCAAUACUGUUUUAGAGACACUUGAUAUUCAGCAACAUUCGUUAGGAGUUCUAGCCGUUUUAGUUGCGAAGUUUUCUCUGCCUCAGGGUACUAAUGAUAUUGAUAAGUCAACAAUGUUCCAACAAAUUCAUGAUUUCAUAAAUAAUUGUAAUGGAGAACAAGUGCGCUUUUCGCCUGAUUUAUAUGCCAAUUUGUGCCACCUUUUGACUGACCAUUUAGUUGAAAUUAAGCAACCUAUUAGAGGAAUAGAAAUAUUGAAAAAAGCUAUUAGGAAAAUACAGUUGUUUGAUUCUCAACUGACAUCAAUUCAUGCAGAUCUUUGCCAACUAUGUUUACUCUCAAAAUGUAUGAAGCCAUCUCUAGAAUUUUUAGAUACAGAUGUUACAGGAAUUGGAUCCGAGUUAGGUGGCAAUAAUGAUUCAAAACAUUUUCUUUUAUAUUAUUACUAUGGAGGGAUGAUUUACACUGCUAUGAAGAAUUAUGACAGGGCUUUAUACUUCUUUGAAGUUGUAGUAACUGUUCCAGCUAUGGUUGUAUCCCACAUAAUGUUGGAGGCUUACAAAAAGUACAUUUUGGUAUCUUACAUCCUUCAUGGAAAGAUUUUACCAAUGCCUAAAUAUGUGUCGCAAGUAGUGUGUAGAUUUCUAAAACCACUAUCUGUUGCUUAUCAUGAACUGGCUACGUCUCAGCAUGCGGCUAUAAAACAUAGGGAGACUUUCGUCCGAGACAAAAAUAUGGGAUUGGUUAAUCAGGUGUUGGGUUCCAUGUAUAAAAAGAAUAUUCAGCGGCUUACCAAGACAUUUUUGACUCUUUCACUGAGUGAUGUUGCAUCUCGAGUACAACUCUCAGGUCCGGCACAAGCAGAAUCCUACAUCCUCAACAUGAUUGAAGAGGGCGAAAUAUAUGCAAUGAUUAAUCAAAAGGAUGGCAUGGUAGUAUUUCUUGAUAGUCCUGAAAAGUAUGCCUCUCCUGAGACAUUAUGUGUAUUGGAACAGCAAAUGGCAGCCUGUACAAAACUUCAUCAGUACAUUCAGGAGAUGGAUGAGCAAAUCCAAGUUAAUCCACAGUAUGUAAAGAAAUCUGUUGGAAGUCAUGAUGAAGACAUACCAGCGACAAGUCAGAAUUCUAAAACAACAUAUUCAAUGUAAUUUGUCUUCACAUUACUAUAUAAAAAUAUAUAAAGUAUUUUUAAGAUUUCAUAACCUAAUAAAUAUUGUACAUAAAUGAAAA